CUCGCGGCAGCAUCCACUGCUGAUGUCAGACUCCAGUCAUGUCGACCCCCCUCAGCACCAUCCUCUUCACGGUUUUUCUACUCAGACCUAACUGAUGAUGGAUCUAUAUGGCAGAGGAGAGCUAGGGCUGCUGGGAGGAGGGGAGAGCCUGAGAGAUGACAUGGGCGGAUCUGGGAUCAGCUGGUCGUCCAAUCGACUGCCAGAGGACAUGUACCCAUCAUCAGGAUUGGCCUUGGCUGCAGCCUAUCAUGACAUUAAGACCCGGCUGGCCAGUCUGGAGAGGGAGAACAGCAGCAUCAAGAGGAAGCUGAAACACUAUGAGGUCAAGUUUCCCAUGAUCAGUGAAUUCGGAGAGGAGAGGAUAGUGUGUUGUUCCUGUGAGCCCAUCACCAAGGAUGCCAGUGUCAUUCAAUCAGAGACCACAAACCUACAACAGAGGAUCAACUCUCUCACUCAGGAGCUUCAGAAGAGUAAGGAGAGAGAGGAGAGGCUGGAGGAAGUCAUCCAGGCAUAUGAGAAGAUUCACUUGGAGAAAAGCAAUGUACAGAGAGACCUAGACAAAAUGACGACUCUAGCGGAGCAGCACGUAGAGAGGAUCUGCAGUUUGGAGUCGGCUCUCAGACAAAGAGAGACGUCCCUUCAGAAACUCAGCACUCAACUCCGCAGCAAAGAGGCCCGUCAGUCUCAACUCCACGCCAGCCUGGACGUACCCAGAGAGGGCCGUGGGCCGACGCUGCAGAGCUCCCGCAGUCUGGACGCCUUGUCAGACCUGAAACUGCAGCGACUGGAGGCAGAGCUGGAUGGGGCACGGCACCGGGCAGAGGGAGCCUGUCAGAGGGAGAAGGAGCUGAGGGUUGAACUUCAGAGGCUGCAGCAAGAGGCAGCUCAGCUGCAGGAAGCACAAAGACAGUCACAGGAGUUGGCCCCACACUGUGAGCACUGUGACGUAGAAUGGAUAAAGAAAGCUGGAGAUGAACAGGUGAACCUGGCGUUAGCCUACACUGAGCUAACAGAGGAGCUGGGUCGGGUUCGCAAUCUGGCUGCAAAACAGAGUGACCUUCUACGACACGUCUCCCAGGAGCCUGUCUCUCGUCCUCCCUCAACCCCUCAGCGUCUCUCCCCCACCUCCCCCCAGCGCCCCUCACUCUCCCCUGAGAGGCUUCUGCCCACCCCCUCUCCUCCACUCUCCCUAUGCGACAGCCCUGCCUCUUACUCUCAGCAGCCAACCAGCAGCCGCCUACGAGCAAAGUUCCAGGGUCGCCGCAGUUACUCGGAGGUGUCUGACCCAUCAGCCAUCCACAGGCCGCCAGCGCGCUUGAGGAGGGACCCUGUUUCCACUCUCCCCAAGCCCAGGCCUCUCCUGGGCGAGAAACAGGGCUACGGCCAAAACAAACCUCAGCUCCGCACAGCCUUGUUGGGCCUUGUCAGGCCAGCCUCAGCUCAUGGAGGAGGGGAGCGGGGGGGAGGAGGGGGAGGCGAGAGAGGUGAGAGAGGUGGGGGCAGCAGUUUGAGCAGCAGUCCUCAUCACUGUGCAUUGGACCUGGGAUUUCCAAUGGCUGCUGAGGUGCAUCACUUCUGUCGUCUUGACGACCCACCCGAACCCACCCCACUGGUGACACCUCCACAGUCCUCUGAUGAUGAAGAGGAUGUGUGUGCAUAUCUGUCGCCGGCUGCCAGCCCACCUCGGACUCUGGGUGCAAUCGGGAUUGUCUCAUCAUCACCAAGAGAACAGCCACUACACCCCUCGUUCCCGUCUCCAAGGAAACAGCCCCACCAUCCCUCCUUCUCUGCCCCCGAGGGCCCUGCCACCCUCUCCUGCCAUCUGCCUCCCUACAUGAACACAGAACAUGCUCAGUCAUGGCCUUCCAUUAACUUAUGGAUGGAGUCGGAGGAGAGUGCUGUUCGCAGCUGUCCUUUGUGUCAGCUGACCUUCCCAACUGGUUACCCUGAUGACGCCCUCAUAAAACACAUUGACUCCCACUUGGAGAACAGCAAGAUCUGAGUUGGGUUUUGUUGCUUACACCCAAUUUCCCCCAGAGGCAAUCUUGACAGAUUUAAACACGGUAAAGAUUUAGUGAUCCUGCAUGCUUCUUUCAGGGUUCCCAGUAAAACUUCCACAUAGAGGGAAAGUCUGUUUUCUACACUCCAGACUCUUCAUCUUUGUUCACCUGACAUUCCAUCAUCUCUCACAAGGCACCAUAUCAACAAUUCUGUAUCAAAUGUUUUUUUUUUCCUCCGUUCAUAACCAAACUCUGCAUUUGUACAUAUCUGAGUGCUGAGGAGCAGAUGUAGAAAAGACAGUGCUUAAUAUCUCAGAUUCACUGAUGAAGACAGAAGCUGCUGUGUGAAAGUAACCUCAUGUACUGUAUGGUGAUCUGAGAGCAGCUGUGGAGACAGGAGAUGUGCUGAAGAACAUCCGACACAUGUAAUGUCACCUGUUGCUUUCAUGUCCCAGAAUGCAUCAGAGCAUCUGGACGUCCCCUCUCACGUUGUCUCGGAGGAUUAAAAUGAAGA